ACUGGAUACAAUAUGCAGGCAAGACUACUAAUCCGGAUCAUGGAACGUAAAUGAAUGGAGACUAAAACAGUUAUGAAACCAGAGUUAAAUAUUUAACAAAAAUAUAUAUUUGGAGAAGACAGGCAGCGUGAGUGUUUGAGAUGGAUUGGCCAGGUAACUCCGAGGUUAAGCUUUGGAAAAGGAAUAUAGAUACAUGAUAGCUUUCUGGAAUCAGUUGCGAGGCGAUUUUAACCAGCAACAGAUGCUAUAAACUACGUUCACAGAUCAACUCCGCUUAGGAAUAACUACCAAGGAGAACCGUUUUUAUUCAAGAAACAAUUUCAUAAAGGCUACUGAACAACACUGGAAUGUGAAAAACGCCUAGACUGGAUUUAUUUGAGAUUUAAAAAGAGUUUAAAAGGACAACUGUACCAGUAUCUCUAAAAGUUUUUUUUAUGUGGAUAUUAUAAAAACCCUCAAACAUGGGGAAUCUAGAAAGUGUGGACGGGCAGUCUGAAAUAAAACACCAUAUAAUGCCAUUAAAAGUUCCAAUGCCUGAUCCAGCGGAGCUUGAAGAACGGUUUGCUAUAGUUUUGAACUCUAUGAAUUUACCCCCAGACAAAGCUCGACUCCUCCGUCAGUACGACAACGAGAAGAAGUGGGACCUCAUCUGUGACCAGGAGCGUUUCCAAGUGAAGAAUCCACCACACACAUAUAUUCAAAAGCUGAGAGGCUUUUUAGACCCGGGAGUCACACGUAAGAAAUUCCGCAGGCGGGUUCAAGAAUCCACUAAAGUUCUAAGGGAACUGGAGAUAUCGCUGAGGACCAAUCACAUUGGGUGGGUGCGGGAGUUCCUGAAUGAUGAGAACCGAGGGCUGGACAUUCUGGUGGAGUAUCUCUCCUUUGCCCAAUGUGCUGUCAUGUUGGAUUUUGUGGGGCUGGAGAAUGGGCAGGAUAGCUCGCUGGACAAGGCGAAGUUGUGGAGCAGGUCCAUCGAGGAUCUGCACCAGAACGGUUUCAGCACACUGGCGCGCUCUGUGCGCCACUCCAUCCCUCGCUAUGGUUCUGUAGCAAACAGCAAAACCAUCAAGAACUCGCGCCUCGUGAGUCAGAAGGAUGAUGUGCAUGUAUGCAUCAUGUGCUUGAGAGCAAUCAUGAAUUACCAGUAUGGUUUCAACAUGGUCAUGUCCCAUCCACACGCAGUCAAUGAAAUCGCACUGAGUCUGAACAAUAAGAAUUCUCGGACAAAAGCCCUGGUGCUGGAGCUGCUGGCUGCUGUUUGUCUGGUGCGAGGGGGCCAUGAGAUCAUCCUCUCAGCGUUUGAUAACUUCAAAGAGGUGUGCAAGGAAAAGCAUCGCUUUGAGAAACUGAUGGACUACUUCCGCUGUGAAGAGGGAAACAUUGAUUUCAUGGUGGCCUGCAUGCAAUUCAUCAACAUUGUGGUCCAUUCUGUGGAGGACAUGAAUUUCCGUGUGCAUUUGCAGUAUGAAUUCACAAAACUUGGCCUGGAUGAUUUCCUAGAGAAAUCCAAGCAUACAGAGAGCGAUAAGCUGUCGGUGCAGAUUCAGGCCUACCUAGACAAUGUGUUUGACGUCGGGGGACUGUUGGAGGAUGCAGAGACUAAGAAUGUGGCGCUGGAGAAAGUAGAGGAGCUGGAGGAGCAUCUGUCUCAUGUCACGGAGAAGCUUCUAGAUGUUGAGAAUGAGACGGUGAUGAAAGUUGCAGAGCUGGAGAAGCAGCUACUGCAGAAAGACAAGGAUCUGGCAGCCAUUAAGGAGACAUAUGAGUCAACGAGCUCACAAGUGCACACACUCCGGAGAAUGAUCCAGGAGAAGGACGCCGCCUUCCAGCGGCACACCAACAUCGAGAAGCGUUUGCUGGAACUGGAGCAGCAGGGCACCAUCCGACUGCGCAAACAACCCGACGGAGACAUCGCUAUCGAGACCCCAGGAGGAAGCGUAGGCGGCCCUGGCAGGCCCAUGGGCGGUGCUGCUCUUGGAGAAGCUGGCUUGGGGAACACCAGCAUGGCUGGGAGUGGAGGCUUGGGCAUAGUCUCACCUGCUACCAUAGAAAUGCCCGCUCCGCCUCCUCCACCUCCUCCUCCACCACCGGCUCCACCCCUGCCCCCUGCUACACGAGACUGUCCACCUCCACCACCCUUGGCUCCUCCGCUUUCUGACAUGUCCCCGUCGGUCAUCCUCAGUGUUGGCCUAUCAGCAAUCCGUAUUAAGAAGCCCAUCAAGACCAAGUUUCGGUUGCCUGUGUUCAACUGGACAGCACUUAAACCCAACCAGAUCAAUGGCACUGUCUUCAAUGAGCUCGAUGAUGAGCGAGUGCUUGAGGAGCUGGACAUGGAGAAGUUUGAGGAACUCUUCAAGACUAGAGCUCAGGGUGCCAUGGUGGAUCUGUCCUGCACAAAGAGCAAAGCCUCUAUUAAGGUUGCUAACAAAGUUCAGCUGCUGGAUGCAAACCGCUCCAAGAACCUGGCUAUUACCCUGCGCAAGGCCAGCAAGAGCACAGAGGAGAUCUGCAAAGCUAUCCAGACGUUUGACCUGAAGGCCCUGCCGGUGGACUUUGUGGAGUGCCUGAUGCGUUUCCUGCCCACGGAGGCGGAGAGCAAGCUCUUGCGACAGUACGAGCGGGAGAGGCGGCCCCUGGAGCAGCUGGCCGAGGAGGACCGCUUCAUGCUCCUCUUUAGCAAGAUUGAGCGGCUCACGCAGAGGAUGAGCAUCAUCACCUUCGUCGGGAACUUCGCCGACAACAUCUCUAUGCUGACCCCGCAACUCAAUGCUGUCAUUGCCGCGUCAGCCUCGGUGAAGUCCUCCCCAAAGCUAAAAAGAUUGCUCGAGAUCAUUUUGGCACUGGGAAACUACAUGAACAGCAGUAAAAGAGGAUGCGUUUAUGGAUUCAAACUUCAGAGUUUGGAUCUGCUGUUGGACACCAAGUCUACUGACCGCAAGAUGACGUUGCUUCACUACAUCGCCCUGAUAGUAAAGGAGAAGUACCCGGAGCUCACCAACUUCUACAACGAGUUGCACUUUGUAGACAAAGCUGCUGCUGUCUCUCUGGAGAACGUGUUGCUGGACAUUAAGGAAUUGGGCAAAAGCAUGGAGCUGAUCAGGAGAGAGUGUAGUCUGCAUGACCACGCUGUCCUCAAGGGCUUCCUACAGACCAGUGACCCUCAGCUGGAAAAGCUGCAGAAAGACGCCAAGACUGCCGAGGAGGCCUUCAGCGCGGUGGUGAUGUACUUUGGCGAGAGUCCCAAGACCACUCCUCCAUCCGUCUUUUUCCCUGUGUUUGUGCGCUUCAUCAAGGCCUACAAGGAUGCUGUUGAGGAGAACGAACAGAGGAAGAAGCAAGAGGAAGCCAUGCGGGUGAAAUUGCUUGCUCAGGAGGCCAAACAGCAUGAGCCCAAGGUACAGGCCCAGAAGAAGAGGCAACAGCAGCAUGAACUCAUAGCUGAGCUGAGACGCAGACAGGCCAAAGACCACCGGCCUGUCUAUGAGGGCAAGGAUGGUGCAAUCGAAGACAUCAUCACAGCGCUGAAGAGUGUGCCCUUCACGGCCCGCACGGCCAAGCGUGGCUCGCGCUUCUUCUGCGACACCAACCUGUACGACGAGUCCAACUGCUAGCCCCCCUUCGAUCUCCCUCCCAAAAAUGAGUCUCACUGACACAGAUCUCCGAAGCCAGCCCUUCCUGCGAGCUGACGCGGUGAUCCGGAAUGGGUGGAAGCGACCCUAAAGACUACUCCCACCCUCACCCUCUCCCAGUCUCCCCGCUUGCCUCCGAUGUGGCGCCUCCCUGCGACUUACAGUGACUGAGUGUAGGCUGGGACCAAACCAAACAUUUUAAGGUGCAGGGGAGUCCUUAUUUAUUCACGGAAAUUAUUUUUUGGGUGCUACACUGGACGCUCUCUCUCAACAAAAGUAUAAAAGCCCAGACGGUGAUGUGCCACCUUUUCCUCAGGCAUGCACAAGAACACGACACACACACACCCACACACACACAAUCCCAAAUAGCAUCUGUGUGCUGGAGCAUCGGGAAAAGGAAGAAGGCACUUACUGAAGAGCUGAGAGGAAGACGAGCUGCCGUCACACGCGUGACCUUCAUGACCCUGAAGAGCCUGCCAGCACCCUCUGUUAACAUGGGGCUUCCUCACACUGAGCAACCACACAGAAGAACUCUUACCGAGGGAGACGCAGCGUCAAGACCUUGACGCGUAGUGCCAGCCACUCCAACAAGAGCUUUUAUUUCCUUUCAUUUCUCUAUAGAUAACUACAUAGCCACAUGAUUAUUGAGUGUUUGGGGAUACCGAUUGUGAAAAGCUAGUCAGACCAAACCUCUUGCUUCAUCGUUUGGAAGUAUCUUUUUAUUGAGACAGUAUUAUUUGCUUAAAUAUUUAGCCAAUGUAAAUGCAAUGUUUUUUAUAUCUUUUUUUGUGUGUGUUGGGGAUAUAAAAUCCACUUAAAAUCUGUAAAUAGACAAUUAUCCAAAAUUGCAGUGCUUUGUAAGAAUAACUUUAUUCUACACGUCAUUGCUGUUCAGGCCAUUAUAUUGUAAUAGGUGUCUAGUUUUCUAUGUGCCUUGUAUUUACAGUGCUCUGUAAACUGUUGACUGCUAACAUUUCAUAUUAAGCCGACGUGAGUUCUAGCCGACUGUACAUAUACCAUUUUAAUGACUCAAUAUUUGCAUAACCUGUCUUUGAUGAACACGCUCCUGAAUUAACCGAGACUCAGCCAGGUGACAGAGGCUAUUUACAGACAUACACAGGUGCAUGGGGGCAUUUCUUAAAUGAAUAUGAAAAUAUAUACACAUGUAAAUGGGUAGGUAGCAAAAUGGAGAAUACAUCAAAGUAAUUGGUCAAAUGCUAUAUUCACUAUACAGUUGAUUAAAAAUUAGCUCUGAUCCCUCUCAAUGUCUUCUGUUAAGGAGGUGAAGGAAAAAGGUCUGACUAUUGUAUACUUUUAUAUUUGGAGCCCUGCUGGGUUCUGUCGAGUGAUUUGCCUUGCACUAGCCUUCAAAAAGCCAUGAUGGUGCUAGUGAGACUAUGCACCAUUGGAUUACACAAACGGACACGUCACUGUAACAGCACACUACAUAUCACCUUUAUGUUCUAGAAGGAAAAUGUUUGUGUACAACACUAGGCUUUUUGCUAUUUUUAUAUAUUCCCUCAAAUGGUGUACAUUGUUUUACAGAAAUGAAUAUUGUAUGAGGAUGACGGUGUUGUGUCAAGGUAACGGCCACUCAAUGAAAUACUGCACCAGUGUCCUGGUCGUUCCAUUUGUGAAAAGAAGCACAAAUAAAAUUUUAACGUUCCAGAUUGCAA